AACAACUUUCUUUGGCUCAGGUUCUUGAAGCUGGAACUUGGAAGGCUGGACGUGAAAUUGCAGCAUCUUUGCGCCCUAUCACUCGUGGACCACCAAUCGCCAUUAAAUCUGAUGGAACAGUUUUUUAA